UCUGAUUUUCUGAUAAAGUUCUUAAGCGCUCAUAUUGUACCUGUAUUGGUCAAUACAAUAGGCUGUGAAUAAUAAUUUACUAAAUUCACUUUAGUUAAAUUGUAACAGUGCUGCACACAGACAUUUCACUGGAUUGUUCCUGGCCUUUCUGCAGAGCAGCCCCGACAUGAUACACCCUUCUGGGCAGUGUGAUGUCGGGGGUGUUGAGACAGCAUGCUUAGGUGGGGGCUCCACUGUCUAAGUUUGCCGAAACUGUUGAGGUCUAGAGUGUGGAAAUCACUGAAGCAGAGUGUGCAGAGGCUUGUGGAAUUGGAUUGAUUUACAUUCCGCAUCUGUUUGAGGCCCGAGAUGGAGAAUUGACUGCAUAAUUUCUUCUGUCAUGGCAGUGUCUGAAAAUGAAGCCGUUUACGCCAGACUAUGCACUACUACAAAGAAACAGACGGCUUGAAGCUUGACGUUGGGAUCUAUAUGAAGGCAUUAGAGUCCGCUUGUGAUAUUGAAGCUGAGCUGGUUGGAAGGCCAGCCAAGGUGUUUUUCCAGUCAGCAUUAGCAGACAUGGGCGUCGAACCGCACCAGGCCAUCUUGAUUGGAGAUGAUCUGGUGAAUGAUGUCGGCGGGGCUCAGCAGUGCGGGAUGAAGGCUGUACAAGUGAGGACGGGAAAGUACAGGUGGGAUGCCAAAUGGCCUCCAUAGUCUUGAGGCUCUAUGAAAGUUUGAAGCACGGCAAUCUGGAGUAGGGGGUCACCUACAAACCCCCACCCUUAUAAAAGUGAACCCCAGUAAAAGCACAGCAAAUUGUAAUAAAGCACAGGCCCAGCGAUGAGAAGCACCCCACGGUCAAGGCAGACGGUUAUGUGAACAACUUGGCUGAAGCUGUGGAUGGGAUCCUGAAACACUUGGGUGAAUGAAGGUGGUGUCAAGGGCUCUAGCGACUGUGAGAUUCAUUUAGAACACAGGGCUCCUUUAGUAGAGAAAUGACCUUUUGAUAACGCAUAAUGCACUAUAAUGACUUGUUAGUGGCUAACCCACUAAACUUGUUUAAUAGUAGGAAACUGACAUUAUAGCUACAUGACUGUUAGAUAGCUGUGGGUCAUGGAGGGGAUUUAUUAAGUUCUCAAGUUCUUAAAUAAAUAAAUGAA